GUUGAAGUCGUUGGUGAUGAGCUGAAAAGGUUGAAGUCGUUGGUGAUGAGCUGAAAAAGGUUGAAGUCGUUGGUGAUGAGCUGAAAAAGGUUGAAGUCGUUGGUGAUGAGCUGAAAAAGGUUGAAGUCGUUGGUGAUGAGCUGAAAAAGGUUGAAGUCGUUGGUCUAAGAACUGAAAGUAGCCAUGAUUUAUCUGCAGAUUCAAAUAACUUGAAUCAGAAAACUGAAGAUGUUGGUGUGGACAUUGAAAACAGUCAUGAUAUACCUGAAGCUUUAAAUAGCUUGCAUCAGAAAACCAGUGACAUGGUUUCCAUCUCAAAAAUAGAUCAAACUUCAGCAGCUGUGACGGCUUCUGAAGGAACAGAACCAGACUUAGCAGUUCCUUCAUAUUCCAAAGAACAAAUAAGGGAUGCUAUUGGAGGGAGAGAUGUGGAAGAUUGUGCGGAAAUUGAUGGUGUUAAUAGAAAUUUGGAUUGUUCAGCAGAAGUACAGGUGGAUAAGGUUGAUGCUGUUGAUGGUAGCACUGGAAACAGUUGUAGUCUACCUGCAGAUUCAAGUAGUCUGGGUCAGAAAAGUGAAGUAAUUGUUGCAGCUGAAGAUGCAGACAUGGACGGCAAGGAGCUUCCAAGUGUUAAACAGGAUCCACAGUUGAACCUUGAGGAGUGCCUAGAUGAGGAUACCACUUGUUGUCCUGCUCAGGUUAAUUCAAACUCGGUGCAAAAGAUUGAAAUUGACAAACAAGAAGCUGAACAACAAGAAGGAAAAGUUGAGGCAAUUAAUAAUACUGCGGAUGGCACUCUAUCUGCGGAUUCACGACAUUCAAGUCAAUCUUCUCAAGAAGCUGAUAGAGGUGAAGUUGAAGCCAUGGAUUAUAAUGUUUUUUCGGAUCCAAAUUUUGAUGUUACCAAUUAUAUUGAUUUCAGUGAUGUGUUUACUUGCUCAGGGAAUGUUAAGCACAUGAAGGCUGAGAUAAUGCCCACUGAAAUUGGUAGCAAUCUGAGUGACAAAGUGGAGAAAGUUGCUGCAAUGGACAAUCAGGAGGUUCUUAAACCUAAUUGUGGAAUAGAAGAGUCUACUGAAAGUGAUCGACAAGAAAAUGACAAAAUGGAUUUGGACAAUAUAACUGAGCAUGGAACUGGAGCUUAUAAAGAUCAUGAGCAGAAUUUUUCGGGCCAGGAUACUUUAAUAUUUGGGAGCUCAUACCACAGACGUAAACACAAUUUGAAGGAUUAUCAUAGUAAAAAAGAAAGAAGUUUGUCUGAACUGAUGGGUGACGCAUUGGAUUCUCCAGAUGUUGAAAUCGGACCUGAUGAGAAAGUAAGCAAUAAAUCCAUUUCAGCAAUUUCUGGCAAGAAACGGAAGGCCAUUGAUUCAGUUGAUGAUGAAUCCCAGCAUGAAGGGAGGAAAACCAUUUCCCUUGCAAAGGUUUCUUUGAUAGCCCCGAAUUUUCCUAAGCCAUCCUUCAAGAUUGGCGAAUGCAUCCGUCGAGCUGCAAGCCAAAUCACUGGGUCUCCUUCGGCUAUUUUGAAGUCUAGUAGUGACAAGUUUUUAAAGGCGGAAGGAAGCAGUGAUGGUCUUGUUGUGGAUGGAUAUGAUGUUUCCAUGGAGGCUUCUGGUGAUGCCCUGAGGAAAGGGACAAUUAUGUCAACAGAUUAUUCGUCACUAGAUGAGUUGCUUUCGCAGCUUCACUUAGCAGCACUAGACCCUUUCAGAGGAUAUAAUUUUUUGAACAUUAUUGUUAGUUUCUUCUCAGAUUUUAGGAACUCAGUAGUCGUGGAUCAGCCUUCUGCAGACAAAACAUCUGGUAAAAGAAAAAGGACAUCCAGUACUAAUAUUGGGUCUUCUGAAGCGUUCGAAUUUGAGGACAUGAAUGAUACUUAUUGGACAGACAGAGUAAUACAGAAUGGUACUGAAGAGCAACAACCAAGUGAAAAAGGAGGAUAUCAAAUUGUGCCUGUUGAACUGGGAAAACCCAUUCAAAAUCAAAAUCAAAACCAAAAAAGUCGUAGGCCAUAUACAAGAAAGCGAUAUUCUGAUAGCAACAUUGAGCCAGCACCAGAGAAACCACCUGGGUAUAUAGAUGAGAAUGCACCAGCUGAACUAGUGAUGAACUUUUCUGAGAUGGAUGCUCUUCCUUCAGAGACAAACGUAAACAAAAUGUUUAGGCACUUUGGACCAAUAAGGGAAUCUGACACAGAAGUUGAUAGGGAGACCAGUCGAGCCAGAGUGGUCUUUAAGAAAUGUUCCGAUGCCGAAGUUGCUUAUAACAGUGCUGGAAAGUUCAAUAUUUUUGGGCCAAUGCUUGUCAAUUACCAGCUCAGCUAUUCAAUAUCUGAACCAUUUAAAAUUUCACCGGUUCUCAUGUCACUAGGCGAGGAAGAUACCACCUGAAUCUAUUUUGUGAAGUUUAAUUUUUCUCUAAAGUUUCAGGUAAA